GCGCGUCCACGUUCUUUCUCUCGUCCUAAAGAUGGCGGCAGGGACUCUGUACACGUAUCCAGAAAACUGGAGAGCUUUCAAGGCUCAGAUUGCAGCCCAGUACAGCGGUGCGCGCCUCAAGGUGGCCAGCAGCGCCCCCGCCUUCACCUUCGGACAGACAAACCGUACCCCCGCCUUCCUCAACAACUUCCCCUUGGGCAAGGUUCCAGCUUUUCAGGGCGAUGACGGCUUCUGUCUUUUCGAGAGUAAUGCCAUUGCUCACUACUUGAGCAAUGAGGCCCUGCGUGGCAGCAGUCCCCAGGCCCAGGCCCAGGUGCUUCAGUGGGUAAGCUGAAAUCAUUGAGGGGCUGAUGCUGAGAUCAUCCCUCCAGCCUCUACGUGGGUCUUCCCCACUUUGGGAAUCAUGCAGUUCAACAAACAGGCAACAGAGCAGGCCAAGGAGGAGAUGAAGAAGGUCCUGUCUGUCCUCAACCAUCACCUCAACACCAGGACCUUCCUGGUUGGAGAGAGAGUCAGCCUGGCUGAUAUCAGCGUGGCCUGUAGCAUGAUCUGGCUCUAUAAACAGGUCCUUGAACCUUCCUUCCGCCAACCUUUCCCCAACGUGACCCGCUGGUUCCAGACCUGCGUCAACCAGCCCCAGUUCAAGACCGUGCUCGGAGAGGUCAAGCUCUGCGACAAGAUGGCUCAGUUUGAUCCCAAGAAGUUCUCUGACAUGCAGCCAAAGAAAGACUGCCCUUCCAAGAAAGACGCUCCCCCCAAGAAAGAGAAAGCUGGAAAGGAGGGAGGCAAACCUCAGGAGAAGAAGAAGAAGGAAACUGCCCCUGCCGAGGAGGAAAUGGACGAGUGUGAAGCAGCUCUGGCUUCAGAACCCAAAACAAAGGACCCCUUCGCUCAUCUGCCAAAGAGUGCAUUUGUCAUGGAUGAGUUCAAGAGGAAGUACUCUAACGAGGACACGCUGACUGUAGCCCUGCCCCACUUCUGGGAACACUUUGACAAGGAGGGCUACUCCAUCUGGUACGGCGAGUACAAAUUCCCCGAGGAGCUUACCAUGACCUUCAUGAGCUGCAACCUCAUCAUGGGAAUGUUCCAGCGACUCGACAAACUCCGCAAGAACGGCUUUGCCAGCGUGAUCCUGUUCGGAGGGAACAACGACAGUAGCAUUUCUGGAAUCUGGAUCUUCAGGGGACAGGACUUGGCUUUCACUCUGUCUGAUGACUGGCAGAUUGAUUACGAGUCGUACGCCUGGCGCAAACUGGACCCCGACAGCGACGAAACCAAGACCAUGGUCAAGGAGUACUUUGCUUGGGAGGGAGAGUUCAAACACGUGGGAAAACCCUUUAGCCAGGGCAAGUGCUUCAAGUGAGCAGCGUGGAGGAUGAUGGCACCAUGACCCCUAUACGUCCGACGCUACACAUCAACACCUUAACCUAAAGGACAUUCAAACACCUUAAAACUGCACUUUGGACCUUCUCUGACUGAUCUUCAGUUGGAGUGGAUUGUGUCGCAAUGGUUCAACAAAAAGUACUUGUUUUGAGUUGACAAAUAAACAUGUUUUCCACAA